CGCCAUGUCGCAGGACCAGUCUCAGACUCAGUCUCCUCCCGAGCUAGCCAUGCUGCGUAGACUGCACAGCUUCCGCUACGCACUGCGCUCCUCUGGGCCAGUCGCUGGAGCUGGAGCUGCACCCUCCGGUCCUCAUCACAGCUCAGCCCCUUAUAACAACGUGACCAGCACCACCACCACCAGCACCACCAGCACCACCACCACAUCAGAAGACAUCGACGCCGACACCGACACCGACACUGACACCGAAACCGACACCAACGCCGAAGAGGACGAAGACUACGAAGACUCAUCCUCAGAAGACGAACCAGACCCCAACCCACCAAACCCCCUCCCCACCCCCCCGAAUACACCUCCUCCACCACCACCACCCCCCAACCCCAACCCCAACCCCCCCUCAAACCACAUAAGAUGCGCCUACACCCGCACCUGCACCACCACCACCACCCCAGGCCACCCACAACACUACCGCAAACUGAUCUCGCACAUCUUCGGCCGCAACAAGCACUCGACCAAACAGAUCCCCGCCACGCUCUGGUGCUGCUACUACUGCCGGAAGCACUACCAGCGGGCGCGGUACCGGGAGCGCGACACCUGGGCGCUGACGCAGUGCUUCUGGGUGGGGCAGAUGCUGCAGCGCCUGCGCACGCUGCCGGACAUGGUGGGGUUUCGGGUGCAGUUGCGGUUGCGGCAGCAGCAGCAAUCCCUAAGAUCAAGUCCAUCGGUGGGUAAGCCGGUUGUGCCGGGGUGGUUGGUCAAGAGGAUUACCUCCAGAGAUCGCGAGGUGUGGUCGUUUGAGGAGACGCAGGCGCUGGUGGGAGGGGAGAUUCGGGAGUGGUUGUUGGAGUUGAGGGCCAGGAAUGUUGCCGCGGGGGAGUUUCCGGAUGUGGAGAUCUUGCCGGUUUGGAGGUGA